AGCUAGCCCCCACCCCAGCGCCGGCCAUCCAAAAACAGCGCAUAUUACUUUCACAACUACCUGCUGUACACAUGGCGGUCAGGCACCAAGGCGCUGUCGCCGCAGGUGUUUUCGCUGAUGCUGUGGUCGCGGGGCUGGCAGGUGCGCCAGCAAGAGACAUUGCGGGCAGCGGGUACAGCGCAGGCAGAGCAGGCAGAGGAGCAGGUGCCGACGGGUGCCACGUCCAAUAUGCUGGAGGAGCAGGUGUCGGUGGGCGUCAUGUCCAGUGUGCUGGAGGCGGGACGGGUGGACACCGCGUACCGAGAGGCACAGUACCGGAAGCGCGCAUUGGCGCUGCGGCGGGCGUCGGGGACGGCAGCGCGAGUGCUGGUGGCGCCCGAGGACGUGUCGGCGAAGGACAUACUGCCCGAGGGCCAUAAUGGGUUCACGUCGAUGGUUGCGAUUUCCUGCGUGCUUGUAUUUGCUACAUUUGUUGCCUUUUAAUCAUAUUAAUCUUUAGAGUAUGUGUAUUGCAA